AUGCCAAUGACAUCGUUUUAUCAAGAUCCUAUCUUGAAACUUUUACACCUCGUUAUACUCAUUUCUCAUGUUCGAGAAGGGAGGAGGAAGGCGGGAGCUGUCGACGCCGAGCCACCAUGCAAGGAGAGAGAGAGAGUCGCACCUCAUCACCGCCGGCCUGGAGCACGCCGUUCGUGUCCCAUCGCGUCGCCGCCAGCCGCGUCCAGCUCGCUGCAGUUGCGUUGCCAUCAGAGGCCAGAACCGAGAGAGGUGCGUCCGAGAGGGGGGACGAGUGCGAGAGAGGAGACGUGGAAGAAGGACUGCUGCCGUUCUGCCUCGCCGUCGUCGAACUACUACAGCCGCCAUGCCUUGUCUCUGUUGCCGCUAAGCUUCAACCACUGCCAUCUCUGUUGGGGGUCAUCGUCAUUGCUGAAUGAAGAGGGAGAGUUUAAGUCGGCCAGCGAAGGGAGGAAGAAAGAGUCACGAUGGAGGAGCCGUUCACCAUCGUCACGUCUGCUGUUGCCAUCAACGGAGCUCGUCGUCAGGGAAGCAUCACCGACGUCACUGCUAAUGAACCGUCUCCGUCCCUGUUGUGAUCUUGCUCAGCCCCUCACCCCCUUCAUUCUUGUCUCUAAAUUAGCACAAUUUUUCCCUGUUCUGACUCCAUUUAUGAAACUGAAUAAAUAUUUGAUUAUGUGAGUAUUUCUAUUCAAGAGUAAUAUUCUGCAAUGGGUAUCUAUUUCUUGUUGAGUUCUUAGGCGUCAUCUGCUCCAUAUGUCACAGACAGGAUUCAUUCAUAUUUAUUUAUUUUAUUUUUGUUAAAAAUAUGUAAUUAUUUAUCAAAAAUAUGUGUAACCUUCUUAUUUAUCUUAUAUUUAAAUCAGUUAGGCUUGCUGGGGAAUUAUUUUCCUGAGC